AGCAUUGGGUCAUUGGCCGGCGGCGAAUCCGUCAGAGACCAACAAGCACCAGUCAUCAAUCAAGUCACGUCGUUUCCGGUGGCCACACUCCGCUAUACCAUCGGUGAAACCGAGAACGAGCCACCAGAGCGCGCGGCGACGAAAACUUCGGCCUCGUUGGAAGCUCAGCUCAGCUCAGCUACCUAGCUCCCUCGCUCACGUCGAGAUCGGCGGCUUACCGAGAUGGACGGCGGCUCCUCCCGGUCCCGGCUGCACGUGGUGAUCUUCCCGUGGCUCGCGUUCGGCCACCUGCUCCCGGGCCUCGAGCUCGCCCGGCGCCUGGCUGCGCGCGGCCACCUCGUGUCCUUCGUCUCCACGCCGCGGAACCUCGCCCGGCUCCCGCCCCUCCCGCCCGCGCUGGCGCCGCGCGUGGACCUCGUGCCGCUCCCGCUCCCGCACGUGGAAUGCCUCCCCGAAGGCGCCGAGUCCACCAACGACGUGCCCUUCGACGCGUUCGAGCUCCACAGGAAGGCGUUCGACGGCCUCGCCGCGCCCUUCGCCGCCUUCCUCGACUCCGCGUGCUCUGACGAGGACAAGAGGCCCGACUGGGUCCUCGUCGACAACUUCCACCACUGGGCCGCCUCUGCCGCUGCGGAUCGCAAGGUGCCAUGCGCGAUGCUUCUCCACUGCCCUGCAAGCAUAUUUGCAGCGUUCGCUGGCCAGCCGCAGCCCGAGCAGGCCGAAACUGGGCAACAGCAGGGAGCCGGAGGAGAAGGACAACCGGCGGCAGCACCUAGGUUUGAGACAGAGCAGAGCAGGAUCAUGUACAACACCGAAGGCGCCUCGGGGAUAUCCGUCGCCCGGCGCCUCUUCUUGACCCUGCAGCGCUGCAGCCUCGUCGCCAUGCGGACCUGCGUCGAGCUGGAGCCAGAGGCCCUCUCUCGCCUCCCGACGCUCUUCGGCAAGCCGGUUGUCCCCUUCGGCCUUCUGCCGCCGUCACCCGACGGAGGCCGCGCCGCCGGUAAGGACGGGAAUAACGACGACAUCGUGUCGUGGCUCGACGCUCAGCCGGCGGAGACGGUCGUGUACGUCGCGUUGGGAAGCGAAGUGCCACUAAGCAUCGAGCUGAUGCACGAGCUAGCUCUCGGGCUGGAGCUCGCCGGGGCGCGCUUCCUCUGGGGGCUGAGGAAGCCUCACGGCGUCCCAGACGCGGACAUCCUACCUCCAGGUUUCGAAGAGCGCACGCGUGGCCGUGGGCUUGUGGCCAUGGGCUGGGUUCCUCAGAUCAGCAUCCUAGCGCACGACGCCGUGGGCGCAUUCCUGACGCACUGCGGGUGGAACUCCAUCAUCGAAGGGCUUCUGUUCGGGCACCCGCUGAUCAUGCUGCCGAUCCACGGGGACCAAGGCCCGAACGCGCGGCUUAUGGAGGGGCGUAAGAUCGGAGUGCAGGUGCCAAGGGAUGAAAAUGACGGGUCAUUCGAUCGUCGAGGCGUCACUAGAGCAGUCCGUGCUGUCAUGCUCGAGCAAGAAAGUAGAAGGGUCUUGGUGGCCAAUACCAAGAAACUGCAAGAGAUCGUGGCGGACAAGGAAUGCCAUGAGAGAUGCAUUGACGAUUUCGUUCAGCGCUUGAGAUCUUACUACUCCAAUUGAAAGAAUGUGAGGGGUGCUUACCAGGAAAUGUGAGCACUGCGACAUGGGCGUGAGGCGGCCAACCAUUUCAGGGACUAAUUUGUAAUAUCUCAAAAUGACUGUACUUUGUCUCGUAUUCUGCGGCAACAUUGUCAAUUGGUGUGUUUGUUGUUCCCACUAAUCCACGAGGUGGCUGUGCCACCGCUGCUACAAGUUAUCGAUCGCGAAUUAUUGGAAACCAGUAAGGUGACUCAUAUUAAUUA